GUAUAUUUUUUUAAAAAUGUUUUUAGAAAGUAUGGAGAAAAACAAAAAAAUAUGUAUUAAUAAUGAAAAUUCAAUCAAUAACAAUGUCUCUUCAAGCAGUAACAAUGUUUCGUUUUCAGAAAGUUGCAAUACUUCCUUUCAAAAAGAUAUCGCUUAUCGUUCGUUUUUAGAUGUCACUUUACCUCCCUAUCAUAAAAUUUUGCUUACAUUUAAAAGCACUGACCAAUUAUUGCGUAUUCCCUUGGAGCAAAGUUAUGAUGAUUUUUUGAUCAAUGUUGAAGAAGUUUAUCCUGAUCUUGAUAAGCCUUUCACUUUGGUCAAUGCUGACUUUUUAACUUUCAAUGAAGAAAAAUUUAAUGAAGUAAUGACUUCAGGAGCACCAGAAACAUGGUUAUUGAUUCUUUCUGAUAAAGAAAAAGAUUUUAAGCUUGAGAGACCACGAUUUGAACUUUUAAAGUAUGAUGUUCAUCCAAAUGCAUUGACUCAGAGUGGAAACUAUCAUUUUUCUUCUCCAUACCAGGCCAUUUGUGAGUUUAUAGAUAAUGGAAUUCAAGCAACAAAUGACAAUCCUAUUGCUCGUGAUAUUACCAUAUAUAUAUUUUCAACCCAGAAAAUAAUUUGUAUCCUUGAUAACGGAAAAGGAAUGUGUGCAGAAGAAAUCAAGGCUUUUUUAAGUUACUUUCUAACACAAAAAGAUCGCGGUAUUGAUUAUGAAGAACCUUUGAGCUACGGCUUUUUGGAUGGCAAUAUCUCAAAGUUUGGUGUCGGUGCUACACAGGCUGGCUUUUACCUUGGAAAUACAAUAAAAGUUGUAACAAAAACAAAAGACUCCAAGUUUAUCAAUGAAAUCUCUAUAUCAAAGGAUGUUUUGCACGAAAGAGCAAAGUAUAAUCAGCCAGUGUUUGUUGAUGAAAAGUGCAUACGAGCACCUGGUGAUACUUCAACACUUGAUUUGAAUGAACUACAGUGUGUAAAGUUUUUGGUUGAUGAAGAAAUAAAAAGAAAUCAGUUUACAAUGAUUGUUAUCAAGCAAAUAAAAACUUCUCAUAUAAAUUAUAUUUGUAAAGACAAUGGUUUUGAACUUUCCAAUAAUUUAUCUCAUGUAUAUCAUUACUAUCUACAUGGAAUAUGUGGAAAAUAUAAAAAACUAGAAUUUAAGCAAAGCUGUGGUCUUACUGAGCUGAGUAGAUUUCAUGAACCUGGCAAGCCAAAUGUGAAUAUUGUUAUUGGUAUUGAUAAAGGUGGAGGCCUAAAGUAUUCAUCUCUUGCAGAUGUGGAUACUGAUCUCCAAAGUCAGUAUCAAAUGCGGUUAAAAUCUGUUUUUACAUUCUGUCUCAAUUUAAACAUAGAGGGUGUGAGUAACACUCAAAUUGUACAGGGUUGUUUAAUGUAUUUUCCAAAUAAUUUUGGCGAAGAAACGCUUCCUUCAGAAAACAAUUUACCAUCACCAAUGUUUCAAUGUUUUUGGCAAGGGAGAUUGGCACCCUUAUCUUAUGUUAAUAGUUUGGAGUUUUGUGCUAAGCCAGAGGGACGUACCAGAAAGCAAAGAGAUUGUCUACCAGAUGCAUGUUUUAACCGCAUUCGUGGUUUAUUGUUUUUUAACUACCACACACCAAUAUCUAACAAUAAGCUAAAAAUUCUAUUAGAUACUCAACGGGAUCUUUCAUUUGCUAUGAGUGAAGCAUCUAGUACUAAAAAAUUACCAAAAGAAUUCAAGAAAUGGUUGCAACAAUGCCACAGACUUUAUGAUAAAGAGGUUAUAUUUGAUCAUCCACUGCCAGACAGUGAGCAAUCCAAAAAUGAUGACAUAUUUUAUGGUCAAGUUAAAAUGAUAACACCUGAUGGAGAAAGUAUUUACAAAUCAGGGGAUUCUGUGCAAAUUGAUUGGAAGCCACAGUUACUUGGAAAGAUAAUUUAUUUUGUAAGGAAAAUGAAAUCUUCUGAAGUGUCAACAUUUAUCUAUUCAAGGUUACCUGAAGAUGUUUAUGGUAAUCAAAUGGAAGAAAAACCUCUUAUGAGAAUUGCUGGAUUAGCAGAUAAAGUAAUAAUGAAAUCCACAUUUGCAUCUGAAAGAGUUUCAUUACCAAAAUAUAUGAAAGUGUUUGAAGCAAGUGAUCCAAGUAAAGAAGUUUCCAAAAAAAUGACCUGUUAUGCAGGUACUCAAAUGAAAGAAGUCACAAAUUUUUGGGUGGUAGUAUACAACUCUAAUCAUGAACCUAUAACUGAUGUUCAUCAAAGAAAAAUUUCUGUUAAAGUUGAGUUGACUGAAAGAACUGAGUUAAUAAAUUCGCAACCAAUAGAUAAAAAGUAUAUGUUUAAACCAUUUUAUUUUGAUAAAGUUGGCACGUAUGUCCUGACUUUCUCUGUACUUCUUAACAAUAACAAGUUAAAUCCUGAGUUGAGUAAAUCGAUUGAAAUUAAUGUGAAAGCAAGUUAUGCUGAGAUUUUAAACCUACACGAGAGCUCUCCAGAUGAAGUGCCUUUGGGUGUUAAUAUUAUCUCAUUUUUAUUAUCAUUUCAUGAUAUUUAUGAAAACAGCACUAAUUUGUUUAAAAAUAAUGAAACUUCAGUAAAGUUAUCAAUAAAAUGUGAAGAUUUAAUAAUAUCUGGUGUCCAGGAUAGUUACACUCCUGAUAACGAUGGAAAAUUAAAAGUAAGUGGAAUUGCUGUACUUCCAAAUAAAAAAGAAAUCAACAGAAACCGAGAUUAUGAGUUUUGGAUUGAUGUUCAAGGAAUUGGUGAUGUCAUGUUUCCUAUCACUUUACUCACAGGUCCACCUGAAAAAUGUAUCCUCAAAACAAUUCCAAAAGAAUAUGAAAACUUUGAUAGUUUUCCAGAAUUAGAAGUCAAACUACUUGACAAAUGGAAUCAGCCUAGUGUAUUACAAGAUAAAUCUCAUCAGCUGGCAUUAGAAUGUGAUGCAUUUAGUCAACCAAUUCUUUUUUCAACUAUAGUUAAUUCAAGAGCAAAGUUUCCAAGUUCGACUAUAAAACUUUUAAAAAUGUCAUCAACUGUUUCAAAAACUGUAAAAAUUGAAUUGGUUGCUAUCAAUUUAACAAAAAAGAAACCAACCAUACAAUCUGUUCUCAAAAUACUAACUAAGUUUGAAAUACAGAUUUUUCCAAGCAAGGCAUGUCAAAGAAUCCUAGUUGUACAUGAAAAUAAACCAGGUAACUCAGAAAAUCUUCAGAUAAAUGCUGCUGCAGGGUCUGUAGUUAAAAAUCUUAAAAUUAUUGGCUUCAACCAACAAGAAAUUCAGAUGACAGAUGAAGAAUUUCUUUCUCAAAAUCCUCAAGUGACAACUACUUGGGCUGAGGCUGAACCUUACCACUUACCUUUGCUUCCUGAUCUUUAUGUACCAACCAUUACUCACCUAAGCAUGCACUCAGUGCAUUGUUGUUUUAGUUACAAUGGGUUUGAUGUGCACAUUGAUGCUAAAGUGAAACUAAAUGUACUACCUGACAUUCCUACUAAAUGGGCAUUUGUUCCUUUGACUCUAAAUGCUUUUUGUGGAGGAAAAAAAGAGUUAACCAAUGCAACAAAAGUGGUUGCUUAUGAUAAAUAUCACAAUCUUGCAUUAAAUGUUGAUCCUGUUCCCAUUAUAACAGUCCAGCACUCAAGACCUGAACUGAAGGUAGAUUACUCAGGAAGUCUUGUCCGUGUUAUGAAUGAAUUUAUAUUUACUUCCUCCUCAAUUUUGUAUGGAAAUGUUGGGAAAGUAAUCUUGACAGUUCAAGAUGAUGAAGAAAAACUAAUAAAAGAUUCUAUUCAAAUCCAAUUAAAUUGUGGUCCAGCUGCUAAAAUCUCCCUUAAAUGUGAAUCAUUUCAAAAUGAACAAAAUGAUCAGGUUCCUAAAAUAUCACUUCUUUCUCACAGCUUUAUUCAGUCAAAUAUUCAUUGCCAAAUCACAGAUUUAUAUGGUAAUCCAACAUCCAUUAAGACAGGUGUUGAAUUGGUUUGGGAACCAAAAACUGCUGGAGUACAAUUAGUUAAAAAAACAAACAUCAGUGGUGAAAUGGUUUUUCGUAAAAAUUCAAUUAAAUGCUUAGCUGAAAAAGGAAAUGUUCGAAUUAAAGUUUUUACCCCUGAUAUGAAUGCAAUAGAGCCAAGAUUUAUUGAUGUUGAAAUUUUACAGAGCAACUUAGUUACCAGUAUUGCUUUAGUUAUGGAAGAGUCUAUUUUUACAGCUCUAUCUCAAUUUCCCACAUUAAAGGUAUUUCAUAAGACUUCAGACAAUGUACCUGUUGCAAUUCUAAGGUCAAACAUCAGCAUAAGUAUUACCUCACCAACUGGGAAAAAUAUUGAUUCUCUUGCAGUUUACAAAAGUACUUUGCAAUCUUAUGUUGAUGAUGUAUUAAUUUGUGUACCUGACAAUGCAGUGUGUUUUGAAGAGUCUGGUCUUUGGACCAUAGAUUGUUCUUACAUAGAAUCUCGCCCUGCUUUGGUAGAUAUUGUAGGAAAAAAACCUCUUAAAAGUGAACUGUUGAAAAUAAAUGUGUAUCCAGGUCCUGCUGUUCGAAUUGCUUCUACAUUGGCUGAAGAAACUGUCCUGUUUGCAUCAUCUUCACAUGAUUUGAAUGCUCGUUUAUUAUUUCAUAAUUCACAUGAUGAAGCUUGCUCUCCUGUUUCAUUGUUUGCAUUAGACAAACAUGGAAACAGAGCUUCUUUAACUGCAACAGUUAGUAUUAAUGUAGAACCAAUUGAUAUAAAUCAAAAUAGUAUUUUAAAUACUGUUGUGCCAGAGCUUGAACAAUGUUGUUCUUCAGUCCAAAUCAUAGAUGGGAAUGCAAUCUUACCAAGAAUAAGUUUGAGUGAAAAACUGGGUGCUAAAAUGGGAAUAUACCAUUUGGUUUUUUCAUGUGUAAAUCUGGAGCCUCUAAAAAUAAAAUUAUCUUAUAGCACAAAUGAAGAAGCGGAAAAAGUUACACAAGAGAUUAUUCCCCUCAAAGCUGAACUGAAUUCCUAUAAAAAUAUUUUAAAAUUAAAACAACAAGAUUUUGAGAAAUGGGAACAAAAGGUGCAAAACUCUUUGAGUUCUGUAACAACCAUGUUCCAGUCAUCUAAUCCGUCGAUUUACGAGAUAGACAAUCAAAUUUUAGUUAUUCAAAAUAAAAAUUACGAUUAUGAAAUUCAAGCUCGUCAAGCUCGAUUAUGCCGUAAAGAUCCACAAAGUCCACCGCCAAAUGUUCGCCAGUACAUAAAAGGUCUAGUUUGCGAGUUGGCGUUUGUUUCAGACGCAAAUCUUUCUAAGAUAUUGUCAUGGUACGUUCAAAGUAAGAUGAAAGUGGCACUGUGUGAAACUUCAGAGCAACAGAAGAAGGUUUAUGAGCUUGGUUAUCCUGCAUACAGCGAAAGUCUUAUUCAUGGUUUUUAUAAAAACAAUUUCAGAACCACCCAAGAAAAUUUAAUUCCGAUAAAAAUUACACCCCCUCCUAAUUUUCUUAGCCCUAUUAGAUGUGCAGUAAAUCUUCUGGAAUUCAAAGAGGGGUACAGCUAUUUGCGUUCCACUUUAUAUUGGUCUGUGUUUUCUUUUACUUUAGUUGUAAAUACUCUUGACGAUGCACAGCGGUAUCGCGAACAUAUAAUUCGUCAAAACAAUACAAAGUGCCCAGCUAUUUUAACUCUAAAUGGAGAUUUAAUUGCAAGUGACGGUCUAAUGGAUCCUCAGCGACGCUGUCCCAAAAGUAUCGAAAAUUUAAAGUAUGCUUUUGGUGAGCUUCCAGCAACAGAAAGAAAAGAGUAUAUUGAUUUGCAACAUGAACGACGUCGUCUGGAAGAGCUUCGGAAAUGUAGAUUUAAUAUGAUUGUUGCUGAGCAGGAUGUUCAACAGAGUGUUAAAAACCUUCGUGAUAAAGAAGAAACAUUAAUGCCUCAAAUAAUAAAACUUGAACAAAAACGGGAGAACUUAAAAAGAUUGGCUAAUGAUAAUUUAAAUUUAACACCAAAUAAACGUAAAAAAGAAAUAUAAUAAAUAAUUAUCACUUUAUCUAUUAAAAAAACCCACUAAAAUAUCAUUUCAAUGAUAUUUGUGUGCUCAAUUAUCAUUUCAAUGAUAUUUAUGUGCUCAAUUAUCCUAGAUCCUAUAAUCAUCAAUGAUUUAAAGAGAAUGAAGUUAAAAAAAUAUGAAAAGACUUGAAAAAUUUUUUGGCUCUAUUUUAAAUCAGGUUAACAUCUUUAGAAUGAAAAAAUCAAGGCCUUUUGACUGCUCUGUGUCUGGGAUUAUACGUUGGAAUUUAAAAUUUUCAACAUGUUUCUAAUAGUGUAGUUUUAAUACUGAAAAAUGAUUUUGUGUAGUUUUA